AUGUACCAUUCUAGCCUACUGAAAUUCCUCGAAGGUUGUUCUUCGAUUCCAUCGCCACAUGGGCUGGCUGUCCACCUGCAAACAUCACAAUGUCCUCCACCAAGGUCCAUCUUCAUGAUUCUUGUCGCCCUGCCAUUCCAUGGAUUCAGUCCUCGUCAACUGUGCCUUGAUUUCUUCAAAUGCCCCUACAUCAUGCGCACAAUUCUUAAGCACGCCAUGAUUCAAAGCAUUAUGCAAGUGAUGCAGACAACAGCAUUGUACUAUCGCGCACAGUGUAUCUGGCCCUGUAGUCUACAAUAUGCAUCCCCUGUCUCUGACGCGAAGAAUAUAAACAUGCCCUCGGGUUCCGUUCUACCGUUCAUUAGCACCAUGCUCUUCAAUUGCGGCUCCUGCGGCUCUUCUGGCGCCCCGCAAUACAAGCUAUCCUGCCACAAAACCAAAGACUUAUUUUGUAGCAACUGCUUGAGAAAGACCUGUUUUGCUGCUCAGGACGAGUUGGUUCGAUGCCCUAGUUCGUGUUGCCGCGGCUUCAUGACCUUGUCUCCGUUCGCCCAAGCGUUGCACCUUAAUACCAGAUCCUAUGACAUUGAGUGCGUUGGAAAGGUCCGCAAUCAGUCCGAGGUAAUGAACAACUUGAUUGGCUUCACACGCGAUGAGGCCAUGGCCGCAUUGCAACACGUUUACAGCAUAUUCGAAGAUCAGAUCCUGGAUCCCGUUGCAUUCGGUGGGGCUCCGGGUUAUAUCACGGCAGGCGCCCAAGAUUCGUUCGGGGCAAAUGUUUCACUCAAUCCUUUCUACAAUAACUUGCUUAAAGAGCUGACAAGUAUUCCCAAAAUGAUGACCACACCUUUGGAGCUCGAGGAGGAUCUGAAUAUCGUGCUCACUCGCCUGCUCCAUUCACACACUAUGCGCUAUUACGAAGCCGUGCUUGCGAUGUCGGGUGUCGACAUGACUGACGAAGAGGCCAUUGUAGAAGCAGCCAUUGCCAAAUACAGCCAGGUUCGGGACAUCAAGGAUAACUGGACUGAUAUUAUUCAAAAGUCUUCAAAAGGUCAAGUAACCAAUGGGCCUCGAGGUAACACGCCUGUGUCCGCGCUAGUGCUGCUCUGUUUACUCAAAAACCUUCCACGGUGCUCCUCCCCUCCAAACCUUCAUCGACACACAAUCUUUUCGAUCCACACACAAUUUCCUUUAUUCACAUACAAUCUCCUUCAUUCACACACAAUCUUCUUCAACACGAUCAGUUCAAUCAACAAGAUGGCCAACAUUACCUUGACUCCCCUUCAGAUCGCCACCUACGAGGUCGAAGACUACGAAGCCCAGUUUUGUAGGUCUUACCGCUCGUACAAACGUUGCAUGCGCGAGCUGGAGGCGGCAGGAACUUGCGUACGGUACAGGUUCUUCGUGCAGUCUAGCUUGGCGUUCAACCUCCAGUUGAAGAAUGUCUUUGUCUGCGAGCCUCAACGCCAGUGCUUGUUGAAGAUCAUCGGCCUCCAGAGGGAGCUUGAUGCCUGGAGUAAGGGAGUAAAGAUCUUCAACCGUAAGGCGAGGCGGGCAAACAAGAAGUGGUCUCGCCUCAACCGUUUGGCUUGGGAAUCGGGCGAGGGCUCAUUUCCACCUCCAUCCCAUCCUCCUCCACCUCCACCAACUGGUCCUCCACGUCCAUCACCACCAUCAGUGCCACAGCCAAUCAUUGUGACCAAAACGAUCACAACUACCACUACCAUCACUACCAACACAACUACCAAUACCAUAACCUCCUACAUGUAA